AUGUCUACGGUAGCUAAAGCUGUCAAAGAUGUCAGCGACCACCCCACCAAGAUGGGCGUCACGACGCCCAACAAUCCCAAGGAACAGCAAGCUGAUGUGGAUCGUAAGAUGAAAUUCUACGGUGUCAUCUCUGCUCUUGGCGAAGGCAAAUACCCCUCGAACAAGCAAAUCGACCAGAUCCUGCGAUACACGCUCGAGAACUCGCCAAUUGACCAGUCGAAGCUGUCAUCUGACGGGAAACUGCUCAUCAACGAUACCCAAAAGAUCAUCGACACUCUGCGCAAGAUGGUAGUCGAUAAGAACGAGGACGAGCUUUUCCAAUCGUUCCUCUACAAUACUCGCAAGGUUGACACUGAGCACGUCAAGGGCAAGCUCAGCGAAGUCGGACCAAAUGCCAGCAAGGAAGACGCCCAGUCUGACGCCGAUCAGGCGGCAGAACACCUUCGCACGCUUGGAAAGCUCAUCUGGACCAAUAGCGAAUUCAGAAAGAUCAUGACCGAUCUCUCCUUCUUGGCGCGCGACGUUGCCGCCGAUGCCGCCGCUCAUGGCGCUGACAUGGCUGCCCAAGCUGCGGAUAAGGCUCGCCCUGCCGAGCAUGAACUCAAUCAAGUCGAUCAGACUGCACCUGACAACCAAUGGGUCGGUCCUGACGGUCAGACUCGCUCACACAACGAGCCCGUGCCCGAUACCGGGUUGCAAGGCAAGAAAGAAGAGCUGCAAGCAAGACGCGAUCAGGCUGUCAACAAGAAAGACGAGCUCAAGAACGCUGCUUCUGAUCAGGCCAGCCAGGCUCAGAACGCUGCCGGCGAACAUGCCAAUAGAGUCCAAAAUGCCACUCAGAACGCACCUGGUCCGAAUGACCCUGUCAACGAUCCCAACGGCCCCACGGACGCUCAGAAGCAAGCCGGUCAAAAUGCAGCUGCUGACUCUGCGCAAGACGCAAAGAACACCGCUGCCCAGAAGAAAGACCAGCUCAUGGCAAAGAUUCCCCAGGAACACAAGGACAAGGCAAACGAGCAGAUCGGCAAGGCGAAGGACUACGCGAACGAGAAGUUCGAUCCGGAGCGUCGCGAACGGUUCAUCUAUCGCCUCAAGAAAGUCGUGGUCGAGCAGCAGCGACACAAGGAUUACCAGACCGCCGUUGACUUUUUCCUUGACCGUGCAGAGACCUACCAUGGCCAUGCCAAAGACGUUACCAAACAGUCAAAUAGCAAGUCAGGCGCGCUGACAGGCGACAGCAACUUCCAGACUGCCACUGACAACCUGCGCACUUUGCUCGAGCGCUUCGCCAACGGUCAGAGCAUGCAGCCCAUCUUUGAUGCAGUCGACCAGCUCUAUUCUGACGCUCAGAACGAUGAGAGACUGAAGCGAUGGUUCGGCGAGCUCGAUACGUAUAUCCGCAAUGUGCUCACCGAGCCCGGCUACAUUAUGGAAGAGACCUGCGACCAGGAAGGCGCUCGCCUUCGAGACACCGGCAGGGAGUUCUGGGAGGGCAAAUAUGCUGGCCACAAGGACAACUUUUUCAACCAAGUCCAGAGAUUCUUCACAGCCUACGCUGAUGAUGAUCUCAACAACGAACUGGGCGAUCACGUCAAGAAGCUGACGCGUGAUCUCUUCCUCAACGGCGAAGGUGAUCUCACCUUUAAGACUCAGCUCUGGAACGACAUCCGUGGCGUCAUCCUGCCCGAGCUCGUCAAGAAGGUCGGCUAUGUCCCUAUCCCCAGAAUCGAAUAUUACGAUAGCGCCCUCGAACUCGUCAUCGAGAAUCUCACUCUCGAGGCUUCUAACCUGCUGCCAAAUUCGAUCCUCAUCGAGGCCCACAAUCAUUUCAAGCUAUCAGCCUACUCUGCCAUCCCGAACAGAAACAAGCAUGAGAUUGCCAUCUCCUUCGAUCAGCUUCAGUCAGAUCUGCGCGAUGUCGGCUUCUACUUCAAGAAGAAGCAGGGCUUCCCCAAGAUCAGCGAUUCCGGCGUAGCAGAUGUCUUUAUCGGCGGAAAGGGCAUCUCCGGCAAGAUUGCCAUCAGCUCAUCUGAUCGCAAAGGCCAUGUCUUCAAGACUGACAGCGUAAAGAUCAAGAUUGACACGCUCAAGUUUGCUAUUCGAGACUCGAAGCAUUCGAUCCUGUAUGCUACGCUGCGACCGCUCGCAAGCACUUUGAUUAAGAAGCAAGUUGCCAAGGCGAUCGAAGGCGCCAUCCGCUCGGGUCUUGAGCAGCUCGAUGCUCAGCUUGUCGACAUCAGAGACCGAGUCGAUAGCCAGACUCGCAGCGGCGCUUCCAAGACUGAUGCUUACAAGAACGCCUUCACCGAGAAGAAGGAGGCUGGCAAGCGCGAAGCCGAACAGAAGAAGCGCGAAGCCGAAGAGAAGAGCAAGGAUGCGCACUUUGCCAUCGUCAUGAAGAAGGAGGACCAGCACGUCAAUUACGUUUCGCCCGUCUCGAUCACUGAGAAGCAAGCGCACGUACAAUCCAAGGUCAAUGCGUCGCAGAGCCACGGCUGGAAGUCGCCCGCCUUCGACAUCAUCUAA